AUGAACUUUACCAAAGGCAUUCUAGAGAGUCGGAAUGUCACCUAUGACCGGAGUAUGCGCAAGUUGGCCAAGGCACUUCCUUUGGAUACGCCAACAGAGAUAGAAUUAGCGCCCGGCAACACCAUCAGAGUCACUCUCAUCGAUGCUAAUCAUUGUGUUGGUGCUGUCAUGUUUCUCAUCGAGGGUAAAGGCGAAAUAGUGCUAUACACUGGCGAUAUUCGAGCAGAGACGUGGUGGGUGAACUCAUUGGUUCAGAACCCAGUGCUACUACCAUACACACUAGGAAAUCUUCGACUGGACUGUGUGUAUCUGGAUACGACUUUUGCUACCAAGAAGAUGCCAUACCGCGAGUUUCCGAGCAAAGCAGAAGGCAUCCGCGAGUUACUCAGUAAAGUGGAUGAGUAUCCCGACGACACCAUCUUCUACUUUCACUCCUGGACGUUUGGGUAUGAGAAUAUUUGGGUAGCACUAUCUACUUACUUGGGGUCACGGAUCCACUUGGACGACUACCGAGCACGCAUAUACGGCUCUUUGUCCACGUUGGACAAGCGAGGUCUCCGAGAAGCUGGGCUAGACGUCCCGAUGUCCAACAAGUCACUUCGGGAGUCUGGCCUUGAAAUCCGCGAAGAACCUGCUUUGUGUGGUCUUCGAAAUGGAAACCGCAUACAGCCAGGCUGCUUGACAUCCAAGGAGAAUGUUCGCAUACACAGCUGCGAGCGCAGGAUGGGAUGUGACGUUAUGGACAAAGAAAAAGACAACAAAGUCGUGCACAUCAUCCCGAUAAUCACCCGUGCCGAUGGGUCUGAGAUUGCCGAAAUUGGUGCAGGAGGUGGCAAGGGCGAUUUGGAUCAGAAAGAAGAACUUGAGACAGGUGGGACAGCCGAAGUAGGCAAACUGAUGGAGCUUUGCGCUGCAUCUAUUAGCGAUGAGAACACGCUUGGCGAGGUUCUCGCAUUACUCCAGCAAGCCCUCGGUGAAAAUGGCAAGUUAGAUCUGGACGUUCACUUACAGAAACAAAGCGAAGACACUCAAGACGACUUGACGCUGCAGAGCCUCGUUUCAGUACUAUCAGGACACGCUUCAAACUCAAUACCGGAGCGCUAUCCAAACAGGACGAUUCGGUUCCCGUAUAGUCGGCAUUCUUCGUAUUCAAAAUUACGUGAGCUCAUCAAGGUUUUCCGCCCCAUAUACAUCCUUCCAUACACUGUCGAUGAGAAGACAUGGACACCGGAAGUCAGUAUGGAGAGCCUGUUCGGCGACCUUUGCCAUGUCCAGCUCUUCCGCCACGAUGCCGAGAUGGUAGAACUUCACAAGACCAGGAUAGCUCGCGAAAGUAGGAAACGAAGCAGAGAUGACAGCCAAGUGGACACACAGACUACUGAGGACGAGAUAACGAGUCCAUUCGUGACAGGAAUGUCUACCUCCAUCAAGAGUCUCGAAUGUGAGGGACCAGUUACACCAAACGUGAUCACUAGUGCCGUGGACAUGACUGCCAGUUCAGGAAGACAGGUCUCGACCACUUUGCCUCCGACGGUGACGGUUCUAGAGCCUGAGCACGUCCCUAAUGACGAAAUGGUUACUGAAGACCCAAAGCCCACACCUGUCCCCCUCUUAUCAGUAUCAACUACACCAAUAUCGAAGGAUCUCUCAGUAUCAAUAUCUGUUCCCUCCAUCACGGUUACGCCGACGCCUAGCAAAGGGAGAAGAAAGAAGCUUCAGAAUAAGCAAAUUGCCGGAUUCGCUGCCAGGAGAAGUUACGGCCUUAAUUGGAGCGACAUAGAAUUGAUAUCGACCCGAAGCAAGGCCGACCAAGAAGAGCUAGAAUUGUGA